AUAAAACAAACGAUUUAACGCGCCGUCGCGCACACUCCUCGAACGAUAAUCGACCGGCCAGCCUCACCGUUGAUAAGCGAUAAUUCAGGAGCAUAUUACGCAUAUAAUGUGUAUGUGGAACGAGUUAGAUGACAGUGACUAAUGAGGCGGUCGCGCGUUAAUUACGAUGAAGCCGGACUUUCGAUUGGGGGUACAAGAGGAGGCGACCCUGCCGAUGCUUGAAAAGCCUGAAUGGCAGGAACAUUCCACGGAAGAUACUUCAAUGUCUGGACUCGUCGGAUCUCUACGGGGUUUGGAGGACAGUUCUGGGAAUACAGCGCAGCCGUAUCGCAGGAACAGCUUAGCUUUAUCGCUGCACUCGAAUUUGGCCGCAUUUCCGGUUGCAAAUAAUCAAGAAGUGUCGCCGUUUCACGUCGUUGAUUCAGCACGAAGGAGGUUCAGCAAUGUCAGCGAUGUCGUCUCCAGAAAGAUUUCUCACACGAUUCGCUGGAGAACAGUUUCGGCCUCGAUCGAGCUCACAGUGUCGCAGGGAUCCUCGCUAUGUGCUCAAUAUAUUCGGAACCGUUUAAAACGAUCAGGAAUCUUUCAUCGAAAGCUUGGCCUGAAACGAAUGAGGAGCGCUAUGCUGCUUCCUGGUGGUGCAGUCGUCGGAGAAGUUUAUCCAGAGUUGGUAUGGGUCGGAGCUGAACUUGAGAAGAUGCAUCCAAAUUUAUUCAACCGUGUCUCUCGACAAAUUGGUUGCGGUAGUUUCUCAACGGAACAGUCUGCCAGCGAGGCCAUCGUCGAUGUCUCCAGGGAGAUGAUCAGGAAUGGAGAGAUGACUUGGAGCAAAGUGAUAGCCCUUUAUGCAAUAGCUGGUGGCAUUGCCGUCGACUGCGUACGUCAGGGCAAACCUGAAUAUUUACUUGCCAUACAGAGAGGAAUGACAGACGUUUUAGAAGAGGACCUUGCAGCAUGGAUACAAGCCAAUGGCGGAUGGUCCACUCUAACAACACGAUACAGACCUGUGACGAAUGAACCAAUAUGGUACUCACGGAAACUUAUACUGUUAUUUAUAUGUACCAGCCUAAUCGUUUUUAUGAUCUCGAUAUUUUUAAAGUUUUUAGUUUUGUGA